UGGUUCUGGUAAUAGUAAAAGAUAAAUAGUUGAAAACCGUCCAAAACUAUCCCAUGCUAAAAAUGCUAAUACCUCGACUUAUUACAAAGCUUCUGGUCGAUCGCAACUCAGCUCACAUUCAGAUGCGUCAGAGGUAGAUUAUAAAUCAUCGCCUGUCUUUCAAGACCAAAUUAAGGAUCAAAAUUUUCAAGCAAUUUAUUCCGACAAAAAGUGGGAAGAGAAAUCACAUGACCCAGAAAUCAUGUCCAUUGUCAGUGGCAGUGAGUUUUCUGAAUUCUUACCCACUCCUCCACGGCCAAGCGACAGCCAAUCAGAUAUCUCUACGGAUGGAUAUUCCCGUGGUAGUUAUAAAUCAUUUAAAAACAAACUUGAAAGAAACGUUAAAGAAAACAGGGAGGUUUUUGUUGAAGACAGAAGUCAAUCAGAUCAACAAAAACAUAAUGAAUCAUUUGAAGAAACUUUUGAGCGUUUAGGAAAUGAUGAGACGCGUAAGAGGAAUGGAAACGAAAGUAGAAAAAACGUCGGUUCAUUUAAUAAAGAAACGAGCAGUUGAUCGUGGACUCAUAAUGACAGCGGUUUUGGAAAGAAACAUCAUGUGCCAAUAAAUGGUGUUCAAGUCCUACCACCAGAACCAGUUUUUAUUCAGUUUGAAAGUAGCGAUGAGGAGAAAGAAAAUUGAAGUUGAUUGUUUUAUUAACAAGCUUUUUUAGACUUAUAAAUGGUUCACUUUAUAUGGUGAAUUAGCUAUCUAUGUAAUAACUUUCUAUUUAUUUUUCAUACAUUUGAAGGACAUUUAAAUCCACAAAUUAUUCAUUGUCCCCCCUCCCCCCAUGGAGAACAUAAAGCAUUUUUUUCAAAAAAAUGUACUUCCUACUGUUAUUUUGAAAUUUUUACAUUGUUAAAAUAAUCUUUUUUAUGACGACAUUGCAAACAAGGCGUUAUUAUUGAUGUUUCUUACCUGACGGAAAACGUUAUAGAAAUACACUUGUUGAAAUACCUAUUGGAGACUGUGAUCGGAGAUCAGUGGUUUAUCUUUAAACUUUGAUGUUUGGCGCAUAGAAAUAAGUACAAUAAAGAAAAGUUUGCUGUUCAUAUGCAGAACAUUGGAGAACUUAGAUAAAUUUUCGCGUGACUACUAGAAGAGAUCAGGCUUUCACGGUUCCAGCAGUUAUGGAGGUUUUGGAAGAAGGGAAUUGUGCUAUGAAUAAUGGUGAUUAUGAAACGGCUAUUAAAAAUUACAAUAAUUGUGUAGAAGUUGCAGACGAAAAUAGCCUGAAAACGAUAGCAUAUUUUGGUCUUGGUAAUGCUUACACACUCUCUAAUAAAAGGCAGCAAGCAAUAAACAGUUUUAAUCAUUGCUUAAAGUUUUCGUCUAAAGUUGAAAGUGAAUAUUUUGAACAUCAAGUAUACCUUGGCCUGGGGAGUGUUCAUUCUAACAUUAAAAGGUUGGAGGACGCAAUGAAGAAAGAUGAAAUGGAAUUUCUCUGCCAUAUUGCAUUGGGAGGAUUGAACAAGUCGCUUGGAAAUUAUGAGCAAUCUUUCGACCAUUAUAGAAAAGGAUUUUCUCUUAUUGAAUCUCAACAGCAACAACAUGAACAGCAUCAUCGACCACAACGACCAAGAAAAGUUGGUGGUAUCAACGUUAGUAAAGAUUUCGUCAACCUUAACAUGAAGAACUUGUCAAUUGUUACUUCAGCUGGAAUUGUCAGUGGAGUGUUGGCUGUUUUAUGGGAAUUAGCAGAAUUGUUUAAUAAACUUGAGCAGUAUAGGGAAGCCGCAGAUAUUUAUGAAAUGUAUCUGGAGAUUGUCACAGAAGAUGAAGAUAUAGAAAAACAAAAGAACGUCAUGGAGCGUCUGGUGCAAAUAUACGAAGAAGAAGAGCGUUAUUACUUAAGAGAUUCGAUGGAAGACAAGUUACAAGAAAUCAUUAAGAAAAAGAACGAAAAAGAACUGCUUCUACAAGAAUGGAAAUUUAAUGAUCCAUCGAUAAAACACCAAGAAUUAUUUUUAAAAAUGAUUAAGUAUGGGCAAGAUCCUAAUGUAAAAGUUCAACUUUUAAAUGAUGUUCGAGUAAUUUUCUCAGAUGAAUUUUGCAUUGGCAAAGGAAGUGAUGGAACCCGUGUUUAUCUUGGACUGAGCAAGGAUGGUUGCGGGAAAGCUGUAAAACGAAUACUUCAGUACAACUUUAUCGAUUUUGCAAAGGAACAAGUGAAAAUUUUUAAUAAAAUUGAAAAAAAGAAGUCAAAUUAUGUGGUGAAUUAUUCCUACUUCAAAAAAGACACUGAAACAGAAUGGGUCUAUUUGAUACUCGACCUAUGUGAAGAAUCGUUGGAAGAUUUUGUGCAUUCUUCUACAUUGGAGAAUCUUCAAAAUUCUCUUCCCAAAAUUCUCACACACAUUUUAUUAGGAUUAGUUGAUCUUCACCGCAAGCCAAGUCCUAUUCUUCACAGGAAUUUGAAGCCUUCCAAUGUUCUCCGCCACGCAAAAGAAAAAUUUCUGAUAGCUGACUUUGGUUUAAGCCGAAUAAUGGAGAAUGGCCUUACGACACAUGCAAGCAAUGGUGAUAGGGGAAGUCCGUAUUGGAUUGCUCCUGAAUCAUAUUGUAAAGAUAAUGGGAAGUUUGACAAAUCAAGUUACAAAAGAGAGUCGGAUGUAAUGAAUGCAGGACUCGUUGCUUAUUAUGUUGCUACAAAAGGUAAACAUCCUUUUGGAUCUGAAGAGUGUAGACUGCUAAACUUGUUACGUGGAAAUCCUGUUGGAUUGAAGGAAAUCAAGGAUGUUCAACUUAAACAUCUUCUUUCAUGGAUGCUACAGCUAAAUCCCAAACUCAGACCAUCAGCAAACGAAGCGCUUAAACACCCUUAUCUACUAUCUGAUGAAGAGAAGUUUGAUAUGCUGUGUGACCUGUGUAACCAAACAGUGAUAAAAAUAUAUCGUUUACUUCAUCAUCCUAAUUCAGAUGUCCAUAAGCAGUUGAAUCGUCAAAGAAGUUGGAAAGAUUGUAUUGACCCUGAAGUCUUUAAGCUUUUCAAGAAACGACACUAUGACUCUACAUGGUUCGGUUGUGUAGAAUUUUUACUAAACUUUCACCAGCAUCGGCACGAUAAGCCUCCUACACAACUGCUUCAAAGCAAUGGUAACUAUGAAGAGUAUUUCGUGCAUGUUUUCCCUGAGCUUCCUCUACUUGUACAUUGUACCAUGAGACUAACUGAAGAGAAAUCAAUUCCAGAUCUCGAAGAACAUUUAACCAAUAUCCAGUUGCAAGAAUGGAAACACAUUGAUGAAUCAACAAAGCACAAAAAAUUGUUGUUAAAGCUAAUUAGUUGUGGGCAGCACCCUGAUAACAAGGUUGAAAAUGUGAACAAUGUACGGGUAAUUUUCUCAGACGAAUUUUGCAUUGGCAAAGGAAACGAUGGAACCCGUGUUUAUGUUGGACUAGGAAAGGAUGGUUAUGGAAAAGCAGUGAAACGAGUUCGUCGAGAUAGCUGCAUAAAAAUAGCAGAGAACGAAAAGAAAAUUUUGAAUGAGGGAAACGCAAAGUACUCGCAAUAUGUUGUGAAUUAUUCCUACUACGAAGAACGCCUUGGAACAGAAUACGUCUAUUUGAUACUCGACCUAUGUGAAGAGUCGUUGAAGGAAUAUGUGGAAUCAAAUUCAAAUAGUUGUUUCUAUUACCCUCACAAAUUACUUCCCAAAAUUCUUAAACAAAUUUUAAAAGGAUUAGCUGACCUUCAUAGAGGUCCGCGUCCAAUUCUUCAUCGUGAUUUGAAACCUUCCAAUGUUCUACGAAACGCACAAGGAAUAUUUCAAAUAGCUGACUUUGGCUUAAGCCGAAUAAUGGAGAACAGCCAUACGACACAUAAAAGCGAUGCUAAUAGGGGAACUCAGUAUUGGAUUGCACCUGAAUCUUACAUUGUAGAUAAAAAUUCAUGGGGUGAAGCACGCUACAAAAGAGAAUCUGAUGUGAUGAAUGCAGGAAUGGUGGCUUAUUAUGUUGCAACAAAAGGGAAACAUCCUUUUGGACCUCCAGAGUAUAGACUGAAAAACUUGCUAGAUGGAAACCCUAUUGGAUUGAUGGAAAUCGAUGAUGUUGUACUUAAAGAUCUACUUUCAUGGAUGCUACAGCAUUCACCAGAAGACAGGCCAUCUGCCGAAAAGGCGUUAAAACACCCUUAUCUACAAUCCGAUAAAGAGAAGUUUAGCAUGCUAUGUGAUAUGGGGAACCAACCGGAAAUGAAACAAUCACAAGGUCAAAUUUCUCCAAAUUCAGAUGUUGUUGCGCAAUUGUAUGCUCCCAUGGAAUGGAUGACGCGUAUCGAUGAUGAAGUCUUGAAAGAUUUCACAAGCUUUAAAAAGAAUGGCAAAGACAUAACUCUGACUUACGAGCCUACAUGGGCAAAGUGUUUAAGAUUUAUAAGAAACUUGAAUCAGCAUUGGAACGAUAAACAUCGUGCACAUCUGUUGCGUUAUGUCAAGGAUGGCAACUAUGUAGAUUAUUUCUUACAACGUUUUCCUGAACUGCCUCUUCUGGUGCACAAAAUCAUGAGGUCGACUGACUGGAAAACAAGACCUGAUCUCAAGAGACAUUUUACGAACGAGAAGUCAAAAGAACUUUCAAAAAUAACAAGAGAAAGUUUUGGUAGACUGUUAAAAGAAGGAAAGACGACAAAAAAAACACCCAAAAGGCCAUUCUCCUAUCCGUCAAAAGAUUACGAGGAAAAAGUUCCAGCUGCUUUAGAAAAGCUUCAUUUGACAUAUCAAUCCGAUGUUAAUGUCAGUAAUGUCGACGAUGCUUUAAAUUCAAAAAAUGAUUCUCAAAGAUUAUCAAUCAAUCAAUUAAACUAUGAGACUUAUCGCGAGCUAUGUAGUAAACUAAACGAUGAGUUGUAUGGCAAGGAUUGGAAAACACUAGCUGGAAAAAUGAAUUACACAGCAGGUGAGGGUAGAGACUUCUCAAGAGAACUGAAUCCUGCUGAUGCGUUGCUUCAACACUGGAAGACGACAGGCAACGAACAUGAUGUUCCUGCUUUGAUGAAAUUGUUGAAGGAAAUGGGGAGAUAUGAUCUAGUGGAUUUACUGGAAUCAUACCAAGUCUAUAAUCAGAAUACUUUUACCAGCAUUACAACAUUGCUUAAGGGACAAAAAGAUGACAGGAGAGAAAAACUCAUUGCGCUGCUAAACUUUAGAGAAGAUUCACCCAUUGCAUUCUUUGCAUUUGAAGAAAAGAAAUCGUUGCUAUAUCUACUAAAUGAUAAUGACAGUGAUGCUGAUAUUGGUAUAACGUCUACAUCAGGACCUACUUCUUACGAAAAGAUAUCUUUGCCAUCUCCCAUGAGUGACAACGACUAUGACGACAUUGACAAAACUCCUUCUACAGCAGUACUUGAUCAUAAUAACAGUGAAGUCAUCAUUGGUGUUUCGCCUUCCACAUCAAAACCUGUUUUAGAUUCUCAAAGAUUAUCAAUCGAUCAAUCAAACUGUGAGAUUUAUCGACAGCUAUGUAAUAAACUAGACGAUGAGUUGUAUCGCAAGGAUUGGAAAACACUAGCUGGAAAAAUGAAUUUCACAGCUGGUGAGGUUAGAGACUUCUCAAGAGAAAAAAGUCCUGCUGAUGCGUUGCUUCAACACUGGAAGACGACAAGCAUUAAUCACGAUGUUUCUGCUUUGAUGAAAUUGUUGAAGGAAAUGGAGAGAAAUGAUCUAGUAGAUUUACUGGAAUCAGACCCAGCCCAUAAUCAGUAAUUUAAAAUAUAAGUCAUCGGUUAUUCACGUAACUAUUACUUACAUGAACAAUUUUUAUCAUUGUAUAUGAAUACUUUUACCAAUAUUACGACAUUGCUUAAGGGUCAAAACGAUGACAGGAGAGGUAAUGAAGAGUAAAAAUAUGUCACCAAUUAGUAUAGGUAAUAGCAUUUUUUCUCGUAAUUGGAUGAGAAACUUUUCUGUUACUUAAUAAAAAUAUACUUUGAGAUAUUUCUUGAGUGUACCCCAACUCUGUCUGCUUCCUUACUUUCUAUCGCUUCAAAAGUCUUAUUACGCUGCUAAUUUUUAGAAAAGAUUCACCAAUUGCAUUCUUUGGUAAUUCUUGAAUUUCAAAAGAUUGCAAUUGUUGAAGUCUUUGUUUACUUUGGUUUACUUACAACUGCCGCCAUGUUGUUUUUUGAAUUGAAAAAAAGUCCACAUUCUCACAGAAACUUUCAAUGGUUUUUAGCAAUCAGGUUACAGUAUUUACAGUGCAAUUACAGCUUUUGAACAGUGCAAUAACACAGUGCACUUAGAGAUAAACUGCACUGUCAUCAACCAAUCACAGACGAGAAAUAUUUCAAUGCCAUGUUUUAAAAUUAUCAUUCUUUAAUGUAAUAUAAUUGAUUUUCCUAGCUUUUCGUGGCCGCAAUUCGUAUGUAUUAAUUUUUUUAAUUGCUUUACAGGGUGUAUUUGAGAAUCAAUUACUGCUGAAUCUUGCAAAUUUUUAACUUCGGCUAAUUUCAAAGAUGUGCAGUUUUUUGAGACACCCUGUACAGCAUGUAUCAAAAAAUUGCAAAUACAAUAAUUUGUUUGCUCGAGAUUAUAACGUUAAAAAUUCAAUGCUGUGCAACUAAUUACCCUUCGGGGAUUUAAAAGUUGAAGUAAUUUUAAUUCACUUUUUGUGCUUAUUUUCAUAGAACUUUAUGUACACAUUUAUAAUACUACGUGAAUGCCAACUUAGAAAAUUCUUACAAAAAUUUUGGAAUAUCUGAAA